AUGCACAUCGCCGACUACUUGUGUAGCCCAACACACAAGGAUGUUGAAUAUCGACCACUUCGACCAAGAGGCUCUUCAGACGAAAAUGACGCACCAUCACACGCUGUUUGCGUCAUCAGUAGCAGUAAAUCCCGGGCCUGGAGACUCUGUACGAGAUGGGCCAAACCAUGGGUUGCGGCUGGUAUCGCAGCGCUUCUGAUCUUAACCUCUUUCUUCCUAUUCACAUUCGUUGUCGAGCGAUACGCCAUAUACAACUUCGAGGCUUCGGGCUUUGCCUUGGCAGAUCCCGCUGAGCAUCACGGCGACGCAUCAGAAAGUGCCAAGCGAUGGGUCGAGGAUCUAUCACCUCGGGUCACGCCUGUUAUGGUACAUUCUCACAACGACUACUUGAGACCGAGGCCUCUGUUCUCAGCUUUGUCUGUUGGCUGUGCUAGCGUAGAGGCAGACAUCUGGCUGAGCAGCAACGGCAGAGAUCUACUGGUCGGCCAUCACUGGUGGAAUCUUAGACCAGAGAAAACACUCCAAUCACUAUAUAUUACUCCUCUACUACAGAUCCUGGAUGCACUCAACUCGCCACAUCAUGCCGACAACCAUACGGAAACAGAUAGUACCGCUGGUGUCUUUGUAACAGAACCAAAAAAGACGCUGAUCUUGUUCAUUGAUGUCAAAGACGACGCUGCAAAGACAUGGCCAAUAUUGUUGAAGCAUCUGGAGCCUCUACGAGAAAGAGGCUAUCUGUCAUAUCACCAAAAGCUCUCUUCAACAUCAACAAACCAAUCAUUUCAUUCCGGACCACUGACUGUUGUGGGUACGGGAAAUAUUGUCAAGCGGCGAGACGUAAACAUCGGUGCAGACUUGGGUAAAUAUCAGAAAUACCAUGAUGUAUUUCUUGAUGCAUCCCUGGACCUGCUUUCCAAUCCUGGUUUUUGUCAGAGAAUUGACAGCCAAUGCGAGCUGCAAGAAAACGAGUUUUACACGGCUUCAGUGUCUAUCUGGAGAGCUCUUGGGAUUGUCAUCCCAUACGUCAGCCAGGCGCAAAGAGGUAUACUCAAAAAUCAGAUUAAACUUGCGAAAGAUCUCAAUCUGAAGUCAAGGUACUGGGAGUUGCCAGGAUGGCCAACGUCACAGAGGAAUUAUUUCUGGAGGACACUUGCGCACGAAGGCGUUGACUUGCUAAAUGCCGAUGAUAUAGUCAGCGCCGCCACAAAACGCUGGCAUUCUGACUAUACAAUAGAAGGUGCGUGGAUACUUGGCAUAGCGUCGUGCCUCUCCAGCUUUCUAUUAACCGUGAUCUGGUUUGGAAGAAGAAUGAUGCGAAGAGUCAUGUCUGUUUAG